AUGUACCCAUACUCCAAGACUUACUCCCCGCUCUCUUCACCAGCAUCGUCGCCAGCAACGCUACCAGUCGAUUCGUCGCCAUGUUCCUCUCCGGGAUUGGAGCCUCUCAUAUUAGACGACGACCACGACAUCCCUUCAAUUCACCCCUUGGCGGCCUCGUACAAAAGAACCAACGCGCCUAGGGAUCCAGCCACCGAAGAUGACCGUGUCGUGAAAAGGGCGCGUCUAGGGGGACAGAGUCUUGAGAAAAAGCUGUCGGAGUACCUGGAGGACGAGGUUUGGGCAGACGCGUCUGUCCCAGCUCUGGAGGAAGGACUUCGCAUAUUUCAUCUGGAAAACAAGGGCCUGACGAGGAUCGACACGACGUUCCUCCGCGACCUCAGAAAGAUAGUCGUACUACCAACCGCUGACGACAAGCAAACAAACGGGCCUCCAGUCAAGUCCUUCCAACGCGUUCCGACUACGCCGGCCAUCGCUGCGCAACAAGUCCGCAGAACCUUCUCGCGGACGGAGUCAAUUCGCACCAUUGUGCCAGGGGAACGCGACGAUAACAUCCACAUCUACCUGGCGCGAAACAUGAUCACGAAGGUUCCGAGAGAGCUCUUCCUGCUAACAAAUCUAGUGACGCUGAGUCUCAGAAACAACAGAAUCGAGUACCUGCCUCCUGAAAUCGCGCUUUUGACCCAGCUGCGCGAUCUUAACGUUGCAGUGAAUCGCCUCACCUAUCUCCCAUGUGAACUCGACCGACUUCCGUUGAAGACAUUACAUGUCCACCCCAACCCUUUCGAGGAGAAGCCUGAACCCAAACGCGCGACGGCUACCGAAAGCAAGUUUGAUGUUCCUCCGCUAGUCGAGAUCGCGUGUCGAAUUCUCGUGUCUCCGCCGCAACCAUCCUUCCUCGAGCAAUUCGACACCGAAGGACCUCCAAGAGAAACGUUACUAAACUGUUAUCUCCCUGUCUCUCCGCCUGUGGCCAGAUCUCUUGAGGCAUGCCUACCAGGCUGUGACCUGCAAUCAGAACCUACGGAAUACGAUACAAUGCGCAUCACGGGUAUGCACAAAUGCCCCAAUCCAUCGCAUCCUCCCCUUGAGGCGCCGAGAUAUUUUGUUCGACCAGCAGAGGAGCGAAUGAGUUGGGAGACACAUCUCGCGGGUCUGGACGUUGGUGGGGAGGUUCCUGUGCUUUGGAGAGGGUGUUCUCGUGGCUGUCUGUCGUUCUUGGACGUUGAGGAGGUCAAAGAGGACAAAGAGAAACCAGCAAUUCCUGUUGACUUUGAGCCAGUGGCAUCAACGGGGAACACAGCUGCGUUGGAUUUUGAUGACGAAUGA